AUGUCUAUGGAUAUGGACAACAAUAUUGAAAUUUUAACACAUUCAAAUGAUAGUAACAUUCUUUCAGCUCAUGUGAAUCAAAUACAAGAAUUGAUGUUCACCUUUAGUUCACAACUUCAAUUAGUCACCUCUGUGAUCGCCCAAUUUACACCUAUGACUA